UUUUAAUUGUAUAGUAUGUGCUCUAGAUUUUUGUACACAACUCUUCUUCGGCUAAAACUAAACGUUAAAAAUAGAAAUAUAAAGCCAGAAAAAUAUUUUGUCACUGAGCUUGGGAAACAUUCAUAUCUUCAAGCAACUAAUCCGCUAUGCGCGAUAAACAAAACACAAACACCCGAAGUAAUAGUCAGUGAUUCUCCUUCGUUGGAGGUGAUUAGAGGUGAAAUGGCGCCUGUCAAUGUCGAUCGCAAGCUAAAACAUUUAUUUGAUGGUAGCGACUGGAAUGUUUAUGACGACAACAUCCUUAAUUUGGGCGUAGGUGCUCCAGGUCCAGAUUUAUUGCAGAACUGCUGUGAUAUUUUUGAAGCAGCUACAAAGCAUAGACUAAAACAUGAAAAACAAAGCAAUUUAUCCUAUCUUUUCCAAUACGGGCCCACUAGUGGAUCAGUAGAAAUACGAAAUGCUAUCGCAGAAUACUUCAGUUCUCUAUAUGUUGAUGAUCCCGUAAAAAGUGAGGAUCUUAUUAUAACAACUGGUGCAUCGCAAGGAUUACAUUUUGUCUUAUCAACUCUGCUUGAUUUAAAUGGUGUAAUUUUUGUUGACGAAGUUACUUAUAUGAUUGCAUUGGAUACUAUAAAACAAUUCACAACUCUUACCAUCGUACCGUUAAAACUUAAUGACGAUGGAGUUGAUGUGAAGGAACUUGAAAAAUUAGUACGGGAAAAACGAUUUCAAUCAAAAUCUAAAACCUUCUGGGCAAUGUACUAUACCAUUCCAACUUAUCAUAAUCCAACUGGUAUACUUUUUUCUGAAGCUGUUUGCCAAGAGCUUGCGAAUUUAGCUAGGGAAUAUGACUUCUUAAUACUAUGUGACGACGUUUAUAAUAUCCUAAAUUACACAAGUUCGAAGCCAACGAAGCGCUUAUUUGCCUACGAUAAUGGCCCAGGAAAUAUAAUUUCAAAUGGAAGUUUCGCAAAGCUAAUUGGACCAGGUGUUCGAGUAGGUUGGUUGGAGGUACCUGCCCGAUUAAAACCAAUUUUAGAAAAUUCUGGUAUCUUGAAUAGUGGCGGCUGCUUUAAUAAUUAUACAUCGGGCAUAUUAGCCAGUCUUUUUGAACUAAAAUUGGCACAAGAACAUAUUGCCAUUGUGAAGCGUGCUUAUAAAGAACGCAUGUUGGCAGCUUGUGAAAUACUUGAAAAAAAUUUGCCUGUCAGUUGCAAAUGGAUUAAACCGUUAGGAGGAUAUUUCAUUUGGAUUUCUCUACCAACGAAUACAGAUGCUGGGAAACUUUUACAAACAUGUUUACAAGAUGAGAAAAUAUUUUUUAUUAUCGGUUCUCGUUUUGCUUACGAACCUAUGGUGGCAAAUCAUUGUUUACGUUUAUCUAUUUCAUUUCACAAAAAGGAUAAAUUAGUUGAUGGUGUCACACGCUUCUGUGCAGUGCUGAAACGUUAUCUGGAAGAACCCAAAAAAUGAAAAAACAACAAUUUUUCUUUUAUGUACAUAUAUAUCACAAUCCAAUCAUAUAUUAGUGGGAUUUUUAGAAAUAUAUUGGCAAAUAAUAAAAAAAAAAAUUGAAUAAAGUUUA